AUGCCAGAACGAGAUAACGCCGUUCCUGGAAUCCAGCAAGUCAUUCUUCAAAUGGCCCAGCUUCUACAACAGAUGGCACAACAGCAGCAGCAAGCACUUCUGCAGGUUCAAUCUCAAGAGCAGAUUUUGGAGUCCCUGUCCUCAAACAUAACCGAGUUUGCCUUCGAUGAAGAAAACGGAGUGACGUUUGGACGUUGGUUUGACCGCUAUCAAGACCUCUUCGAGAAUGACGCCCGCCAGCUGGAAGACGCCGCAAAAGUUCGCCUGCUCCUCCGGAAGCUGGAUACUCCUUCGCGCAGCCGUUAUAUAAAUUAUUUACUCCCGAAGCUUCCAAAAGACGUGACGUUUGAAGACACCGUGAAGAUUCUGAAGAAAAUCUUUGGAAAUCAAGUCUCCACGUUCCGGAAGCGUUUCCAAUGUCUCCAGUUGGUGAAGAGUGAAUCUGAAGAUAUUAUCAGUGGACUGAAAGCCUCAAAAUACGCCGAUGUUCGAGCAAGACUUCUUUCGAUCCUGGAACACGAGAAACCUGAAGCACCAGCCACUCUCCAGUCGUUAAUUGACGAGUAUCAACGCCUCAUCAACCUGAAGGAAGACACAAGCAUAAUCGAACAGCAAUCCAGUUCGAAGUCAGCGGUUCACGCCAUCAGGGACAGGAAAGGUGCAGCGCCUCAGAACAAUUUCUCGAAGCAAGAACGUAAGAAGUCGAAGACACCUUGUUGGCAGUGCGGACAUAUGCACUUUGUGAAGGAAUGCGUUUUCAACAACCACCUCUGCAGAGACUGCAACCGUGUCGGUCAUAAGGAAGGAUACUAUUCCUGCUCCAAGAAAUCAGCAAAUCCGGCUAAGACCACACAAUCACAAUCAACCAUCAGCAAAAAGCGAAAGAAGGGGAACUCUAGUGUUGAAGCCAAAGGCGUGUUCGUUGUCAACCACAUUGAACACCGGGAAAGCAAGCGGAAGUUCGUUACCGUGGCGAUCAACGGAGUACCAGUCCCUCUUCAACUCGAUUCGGCCAGCGACAUCUCCAUUGUUUCGGAAACUGUCUGGAAGCAACUCGGCAAGCCGGCGAUCAAUCCAUCAUCAAGCCAAGCCUCAAACGCAUCGGGUGAUCCACUAUCCCUAGUCGGUGAGUUCGAAUGUGAAGUAUCCAUCAAAGGAGAAACGAAGCGAGGCAGAUGUUUCGUCACAUCCGUACGUGAUCUGAAUCUGAUGGGCAUUGAAUGGAUUGACUUGUUCAACUGCAGGUCAAUUCCGUUUGAUUCCAUUUGCAAUCAGAUCGUGAUGCUUUCCAAACGUGAAAUCGAUCGAGAGAUUCAGCAGCUGAAACUCAAGCACAAAGAAGUUUUCAACGAGACCCAUGGACUGUGCAACCGCACUAAGGUACAACUGCAUCUCAAGCCCGGAAUUAAGCCAGUUUUCUGCCCAAAACGACCCGUUCCGUUUCAUCCCGUACCGUUGGUUGAUGCUGAACUCAAUCGUCUUCAAAGCCUAGGAAUAAUCACACCUGCGGAUUUCUCGGAGUGGGCAGCCCUCAUCGUAGCUGUGAAGAAACCGGAUGGCAGAGUUCGCAUUUGCGCGGAUUACUCGACAGGCCUGAACAACGCUCUGGAAGCCAACAACUAUCCCCUGCCGGUACCAGAAGAAAUUUUUGCCCAGCUGGCAGGAUGUCAAGUCUUCAGUGUGAUCGACCUGUCCGAUACGUAUCUUCAAUGCGAAGUAACCGAAGAUUCGAAACAACUUCUGACGAUCAACACGCAUAGAGGAUUGUUUCGCUUCAACCGCCUGGCCCCAGGAGUCAAGUCAGCACCAGGGGCAUUCCAGCGGAUGAUAGAAAGUUUCAUCGCGGAUCUUCCUGAAGUACGCCCUUUCAUCGAUGACAUCAUCAUCUUCAGCAAGGACUGGAAACUGGGCCGGAUUUAA